AAACGAUCCGUCGUCUUCGUCGUCGUUGUUGACCCCCCUUUCAGCCAUAAAUUCAUUUCCUGCUUCCCUUCCUCGGUUUAAAGAUCUGAUUCUUCGUAUAUGUUGAUCUAACCUCAUCUCAUCCCUCAAAACCUUACACCUUAUCGGAUCCGAUGGAAUCACAAGACGACGUCACCAAUCCAAUCCCACCAUCUCCAUCCUGUAACCUCUGCGGAAGACUCAUCUCCCAAUCCACCACCCCCGACGAUCUCGAAAUCUUCAGCUUAUGCGGAGACUGCAAGUUCCUCCUCCUCCAAGACUUCGGCACCCCUCCUCCUUUAACCCGUCGCCAGACAGCUCGGAGGAGGAGGAUGAGGAUGAGAAGGAGAAGGCGAGGGAGCUCCUCCGAAUCCGUCUCCGAUCUCUCCACCCAACAGCAGUUCACUCAUUUGAUAAGUAUCGCAAGACAGAGCCUUGGUAAUGAAACUAGCUCUCACACAACGCCAACUGGUUCAACGAGAUGGAGGGUCUUGUCCGAAUCCGAAAGUGAAGAUCUUGAUAACUUGUCCAACGCUAGCUUUAGCCUCUACAGGUUUUCUUCGCUUGGUGACAAUGAUGCUGUUUCCUUUAGUGCUUACGGUGGAGAAGAGUCUGAGUCUGAUGAUGAUGUUGAGAGGAGUGAGAUUGAGUUUGAUACUGAUAUUGACCCUAUGCACGCUGGUGGUCCGAACCAGUGGAACUCUGACAGAGAGUGGGAGGAGGAGAGCAACAGCUCUGUGACUCGGUUUGAUUCACUUGACUUAGAGAGAACCUUUCGUCAAAGAAUCUUAGAGAGGAGACAAGCUUUGUCUCGCAACAUCUUCACUGGUUUGGAAGAUUCUCGCUUUCCCGUGGCGGAUUAUCUCGAUGAGAGAGGCUUUGAAGAGCUGCUGGAGCAGCUUGCUGAGUCUGACAACUCAAGAAGAGGUGCGCCACCUGCGUCUCUGUACUGCGUCAGGAAUCUUCCCAGGGUUAUCAUCGGAGAGGAAGGGCUAGAUUGUGCGGUCUGCAAGGAGGUUUUCUCCCUUGGGAAUGAAACUCUUCAGCUUCCGUGUCUUCAUCUGUAUCACGCUCAUUGUAUUGUACCUUGGCUUAGUGCUCGUAACUCGUGCCCGCUAUGUCGGUACGAGCUUCCAACAGAUGAUAAAGACUACGAAGAGCGGAAGCAGAAUGUGGUGGAAGAUGUGAGGGAGGAUAGCUCUGAUGAUGAUGAGGGCUCAGAAGCUGGGGAAGAGGAGGAUCAUAAUGAUGUGGUGAGAGGUGAGAGUGAGGCUGGUGUGAGCAGAGUUAGCAGAGGAAGAUGGCUAUUCCUUGCUGCUGCACCUGUUGUGAGUCUGGUGGGGGUUGUGUUGGCAAUGUGGCUUAGCAACCCACAGAGGAGGAAUAUAGUAUUGUCUAAUAGCCAAAGGGGAAACAGGACCAGAAGAUGGUUGCCGUUUUUCUAACAAGUGACGACCAUGGAAGUUCCACGUGUUGUUCCACAAUGUGUAUUCUUAUUACAGACCCUAAAAGAUGCUUGAGUUUAUGUUUGUUUGUUUCUGGACAUUGACUUGUGUUGUUUCCACAUGUUAGUUUAAUGGAAGCUUAACCAAAGUUGUGCUGUGUGUUGCAAGUAUUCUUGAUUUAACCAAAGUUAUAGUAAUCUUAGCUUUGGUUACCUUGUAUCGCCUCUUUUAAUUAUUUAGAUGAACUUUAAGAAGUGUUUCAAGCAUAGUUUGUUAAUGUUCUUCAGGUGGUUUAUAUUCUACUUUCUAACUGUUUGUUUGUAUUCUCUUUGAAUAUUUAUUCUUUUCUGCCUGUGCGGCCUUGUCUCCGCACCUGCUUGUUU